AUCAAACCAAAACCAUUCCAACAACAUCCCUUCCUCUCUUUACAAAAUCUAUCUAUGGCCAUUACCAUAUCUUUGGAUUAACAACAACAUUAAUCUAGAAAUUAAUUUGUCCAGAGAUAUGGCUGCGUUUUCUGCUAAUCAAGGGAUAAUCCUUCUACUAGCUAUAGUUCUUACACUUUCUUACUCUUCCAUGUUGGCAUUUGGUUUUCCGACAAUCAAUGUUACAACUCCAGGUCAUAGUUUCAACAACAGAAACAACAGACCCAGAACUAUCAAUGUCGGAGGUUCCCAAAACUGGCGCUUUGGCUUGAACUACACUGAGUGGUCCAUCCACAACGGUCCUUUCUUCGUUAAGGACACCCUAGUUUUCAAAUAUGAGGCGCCAAAUGCGACAACGCCUCCCCACAGUGUGUACUUGUUCCGUGACUACUGGAGUUUCCGGAGUUGCAACCUUAAGAGAGCCAAGAUGGUUGGGAACUUGAAUCAAGGAAGUGGCAAAGGAUUCAAAUUUGUUCUUCAGAGAUUCCAGCCAUAUUUUUUCGCUUGCGGUGAACGUGCUGGUCUUCAUUGCAAUCUCGGUAUGAUGAAGUUUGCUGUUGUUCCUUUUCCUCGCUGGAAUAAUGGUUAUUGAUAAAAGGUUUUUGACGCGUCCGCAUUCCCAAUCAUAUAAUCCUGGACUAGCAGGAUGAAAUUGAUCAUUAUGGGUGAGUGGAGUUACCAAAUAAGCGAGUCAAGUUCUUUCUUCUUCAUGUUUUUGCUUGUGUUAUGUUGUGUGUUUUUUGUUAUCGUUUAAGCUUUUAUUUUCGAAAGUAUUACUAUGAUUUUAUAAGUAUCAAUGUAUUGAGAUUUAUAAACUAUAUUAAUGAAAAAGAAGACUCCAUUUUAUUUCCUUAA